AUGUCCUCGGUUCCACCGGAGCAAGUCACUAGUGAAUAUAAAGGUACAGGGUCUAUGUUCAAUCAACAAAACCCCGCGACCUCCGCAAGCUCCUCCAAGCCCGCCGGAAACGAUGACUCGAAGGCCCCAUUGCCCAAGGGCGUAGUGCUGGACAAAGACGGAAAGCCCUGCCGCACCUGCACCUCCGUCGCCUCAUGGCGAGCAUUGACCAAGCAAGCAGACCUCAAAAGCGCAAACUCAAACUCCACCACACCCUCCACGUCGAACACGGGCAAAAUGACAACUUCAACACCCGCUCUCGCCGCCGCCGCAACCCCCUCCCCGAGCGAAACUCGCUCAGACUGUCCACCAGAUGUUGAAGAGCUAGGUCGCUCAACAUGGACGCUAUUGCACUCAAUGGCAGCCACAUACCCCGAAAAGGCAAACCAAGAACACCAGGCUAAUAUGAGCGGGUUCUUGAAGUUCUUCUCGAAGCUAUACCCAUGCUGGGUGUGCGCGGAUGAUUUCCAGAAAUGGAUGGCGCACCCCAGUGGGCAGAAUCAGCCGAAAUUGGGGAGUCGCAAGGAGUUUGGGUGGUGGAUGUGCGAGGCGCAUAACGAGGUGAACCGGAAGCUUGGGAAGAAAGAGUUUGAUUGUCGACUUUGGGAGGAGAGGUGGCGUACUGGGUGGAAGGAUGGUCGGUGUGAUUGA